GGAAGGCCCCCUCACCUUCCUACGCUCUUGGGACUGGCGCCUUCCCCGGCGUCAGCCUCACGGGGUCGAACGUAGGUUUCAGGGUGGCCGGGGCCGUGGCCGUUCGCGCGAGACCGGGUGAUGUAAUGCUCCUGCUGCAGAGGAAAGAAAUUCGGCGGCGCGUCGCGACGAGCCGGCGAGCUCUGUUGAAGGUGUUGGAGAAAUUCGCACUGCCCCUGAACCCCUUCACUCCCAACAGCGUUGCAGCAUUAAGCCACCACAUUCUCCAUUCCUCUACGGAGCUCAUCACUUUUACACGUUUCACGAAAGCUCUAAAAUGAUGGUUUUAAUCGAUACUUGAAGAAACCUUAGUAUUGGCUUAAUAGCGUGCUUUUUGAUACUUCGUUAGCAAGUAAACCUGUAUAAAACGAGCACAGCUUUCUUCUAUGACAAAUAUAUGAAGACUAAUUUCUUAGCAUAUAAGGAUGAACUGUGGUUCGACCCUUUAUUUCUGGUUGUUUUGAUCCUACUUUAUGGACAGUGAUUCAGAAUUGUUCGCUUUGUCUCUUACUAUGCAAUUAAGUAUUUUUGUCUUUCGGAAAACGGAAUUCAGUAUUUUGUUUGAAACAUAAUUUAUCAAGAAAAUUAAUAAAUACGCAGUUCUUCUGUCAACGACCAUGUGAAUUUUUGCACAUUUGUCUUUCUUAAGAACUAAACUUUGAUUGUAACGACUUUGUUUGAAACUCUCUGGACAGUGUAUUUCCCUGGUCUCCAAUUUAUUGAACGGAAUAGAAUGGGAUAUUAUAGAAACUGAAGAGCAUUAUAAGAGCCGAUGGAUAUCAAUUAGGAUUCUGUAUCUUACUAUGUUUCUCAGCAGUGUAGGAUUUUCCAUUGUGAUAAUGUCAAUAUGGCCAUAUCUCCAAAAGAUUGAUCAGACAGCUGAUGCAAGUUUUUUGGGCUGGGUUAUUGCUUCAUUUAGUCUUGGCCAAAUGGUAGCUUCACCUAUAUUUGGUUUGUGGUCUAAUUAUAGACCAAGAAAAGAACCUCUUACUGUCUCCAUCUUCAUUUCGGUUGCGGCUAACUGCCUCUAUGCCUAUGUCCACGUUCCAGCUUCUCAUAAUAAAUACUACAUGUUGGUUGCUCGUGGAUUGGUGGGAUUUGGAGCAGGAAAUGUGGCAGUUAUUAGAUCAUAUAUUGCCGGUGCUACUUCCCUUCAGGAAAGAACAAGUUCCAUGGCAAACACUAGUGCAUGUCAAGCAUUGGGUUUUAUCCUAGGUCCAGUUUUUCAGACUUGUUUUGCUCUCAUUGGAGAAAAGGGCGUGACAUGGGAUACCAUUAAACUACAGAUAAACAUGUACACAGCACCAGUUUUACUUGGCGCAUUCCUGGGAGUUUUAAAUAUUAUUCUGAUCCUUAUUCUAUUAAGAGAACAUCGUGUGGAUGACUCAGGACGACAGUGUAAAAAUGUUAAUUUUGAAGAAGCAAGUACAGAUGAAGUUGAGGUUCCCCAAGGAAAUAUUGAUCAAGUUGCAGUUGUGGCCACCAAUGUUCUGUUUUUCGUGGUUCUAUUUAUCUUUGCCCUUUUUGAAACAAUUGUUACUCCAUUAACAAUGGAUAUGUAUGCCUGGACUAGAGAACAAGCUGUAUUAUAUGAUGGAGUAAUACUUGCUGCUCUUGGAGUUGAGGCGGUUAUUAUUUUCAUGGGGAUUAAAUUACUUUCCAAGAAGAUUGGCGAACGUGCUAUUCUACUGGGAGGACUCAUCGUUGUAUGGGUUGGCUUCUUUAUCUUGUUACCCUGGGGAAAUCAGUUUCCCAAAAUACAGUGGGAAGAUUUACAUAAUAAUUCAAUUCCUAAUACCACAUUUGGGGAAAUUAUUAUUACUCUUUGGAAAUCUCCAAGAGAAGAUCACAAUGAAGGACCAACUGGCUGCCCAAUUGAACAAGCCUGGUGCUUCUACACCCCCAUGAUUCAUCUGGCCCAGUUCCUCACAUCAGCUGUGCUAAUUGGAAUAGGCUAUCCAUCCUGUAAUGUUAUGUCCUAUACAUUAUAUUCAAAAAUUCUGGGACCAAAACCUCAGGGUGUGUACAUGGGCUGGUUAACAGCUUCUGGAAGUGCAGCACGGAUUCUUGGACCUGUGUUCAUCAGCCAACUCUAUACUUCCUGGGGCCCACGAUGGGCAUUCAGCCUUGUGUGUGGAAUAGUGGUACUUACCAUCAUGCUCCUGGUUGCAGUAUACAAAAGACUCAUUGCUUUUUCUGUAAGGCAUGGAAGGAUUCAAGAGUAACGUAACUAACUCUGCAAUGGAAAGUACUUGGUAUGGGACUUCCUCUUCCAAGACUCUGCUAUGAGUCAGGUUCCAAAAGUCAGGCUGCAAAUAUUGUAUAUUUUGAAUAACAAGAACAUACAUUGAAUAAUUCAGGGAAUUCAAUGUGUAAUUGGGAAUAGUAAGGUAAUAUUAAAACACUCUGGUUCAUAAUUUCCUUCUUUCAAACAAUAUUCUAUCAUAACAUCUCUUUUGGGGUGCAUGAAUUCAUGAGUGAAUGGACAAUGGUUUAUAAAUGGGAAGUUGUACGUUUAGCUUAGACUGCAGAAGUGUCAUUAAAAUAAUGAGAAAAUACGCAGUGAAAUCGUAAGGAGAGUUCUGUAUGAAUUACCUAUAACAAAAAAAAAAAGAAAUUAUAGAAAUUACCUAAAUAUAAGUAUCUCUGUUUGAAGAUACCUACUUUUUAUUUAUUUAAAAAUGCAAUUUCUAUUAUCAAUUUCCUAUGAAAUAAAAAUCAUGACUCUUAAACUUUUUAUUUACCAUGACCUGCUGUUCUACCUGAUGUUCUGUGUCAUUAUUUUUAAUAUUAUACCUUUUGUCCUAUUUUAGUUCAGGAUCUCACUAAGUAACCCCUAAGUUAAUAGGUAAGCACAAAUAAUGCUAAUACUUGAGCAAUAAAGAGGAGUAAGAGAUCAAGAUGAAUUACACUAUCUUCAGUAGGACUAAUUACAAUUUUCUUUCAAGUACUACUAAUAAUAACUCACUUUAGGAACAUGAGCCAAGUGUGUUACAGUAUACAUAUACUGAACAGCAAACUGUGUAUUAAAAUUACUGGCAGGGGGAACGCCUGGGUGGCUCAGUUGGUUAAGCAGCUGCCUUCGGCUCAG